AUGGCCAUCUUCAGACGCUCCAAAUCCGAAAAGCCCGUGCCCCGAGACCCUCCAUCCGGCAAAGGUCCCUUGGGCUACAGAAAAUCCAAACCAACAAUCCUCCGCACAUUCACGGUAACAGUCUAUCUUCUUGCCACCAUAUUCCUCAUCCUGGUGGAAAUAGGUAACAUCAACAACAAAGCCGUCAUCCGGUCGACCUACUUCCUCAAGAUCGAACUGGCAAACAUCAUCCCGGCAUCGGUACCCAAUGCAGUCUUCAUCAACAGCAUUGCCCAGUCCAUCGGCCUGCAUGACUUCUACCAAGUCGGCCUGUGGGAUUUCUGCGAAGGAUACAAUGGCGAGGGAAUCACGUAUUGCUCCCCGACCAAGACCUUGUACUGGUUCAACCCCGUCCAAAUCAUCCUGAACGAACUUCUGGCCGGGGCAUCAAUCACCCUCCCCGCCGAGGUCGUCACUGUCCUCGACCUCGUCCGACUCGCGUCCGCGUGGAUGUUCUCCUGCUUCCUCAUCGGCACGUGCCUGACAUUCCUCUGCAUUUUCGUCGCUCCCAUGGGAUUCUCGCAGAAGCCGCGGUGGCAGCACAAGACGAGACGUAUUUUCCUCCGUCAGUUCCCGAUCUCCUUGCUGACCCUGGCUGCGCUGCUGUUUACCGCAGUGGCGUCCCUGAUCGCGACCAUCAUGUUCGUCAUUUUCCGCGACAAGUUUUCCGGAGCCGCGGACUUGAACAUCCACGCACACUUGGGGAAGCCGAUGUUCGCGUUCAUGUGGAUUGCUACGGGCCUGGAUUUAAUCGGGUUUCUCAUGCAGCUGGGAGAAGACGCCGCGGGAAGUCGACAACAGUCCCGGGGCAGAGGGUUCCUCCGGUGGCAUACUUGGGCUUAG